UUGGCGCGAACUUUAACCGGAAGUUUGUGGUUUUGUUUGUUGUUUCUGUGUUGUGCUGUCGAAAUCGAGCUUUACAGUAUUGUUAUUUGUAGUUGUAAUGUAGAAUGUUAACAUUCUGCGUAGUUCAGCAGAGUACCGACGUUUUCUAGUCUGCCGUUGAAUAAUUAUUGUAGACUAAGCUAGUCGGCUGAAGAGCAAUUAUGUCGGAUGCGAUGUCUGAUGAUCAUGAUGCCAGCGACAUGAGCGGAGGAGAUGACGGCCAAGAAGAUGUGAUGACUCCAUCGGAACUGAUUAGGAAACUGGAAGAGGCUUGGCUGAAUGAGAAGUUCUCUCCUGAGCUUCUGGAGAACAAGUCAGAGAGGGUGGAGUGUGUGAUGGAGCAGCUGACUCACAUGGAGGCCAAUCUGCAGCGGGUUAGGAAGGGUGAUAUGAAAGCCAGUGUCCACCGCAUGGAGAUUGACAGGAUUCGCUAUGUCCUCAGCAGCUACCUCCGCUCUCGCCUCCAAAAGAUUGAGAAGUUUUUCCCUCAUGUCCUGGAGAAAGAGAAAUCUCGAGCGGAGGGAGAUGCUUCGUUCCUGUCUCCAGAGGAGUUUGCCUUUGCCAAAGAAUAUUUGGCCAACACAGAGACCUAUCUGAAGGCUGUAGCUCUGAAACACAUGCCCCCAAAUCUACAGACAGUGGAUAUGCUAAAAGCAGUACCAGAGCCCUGUCUGGACUCCUUUGUGUUCCUGCGUGUGAGGGAGAGGCAGGAAAACAUCUUGGUGGAACCUGAGACAGACGACCAGAGAGAGUAUGUUGUGGAUCUUGACGAGGGUUCUCAGCAUCUGAUGCGGUAUCGCACUAUAGCACCUCUGGUUUCAAGUGGAGCAGUACAGCUAAUUUAACUGUCAAGAUGGACAAGAUUAAUAUGAGAUGAAAGGUGAGUUCCUAACAAGUUCUGGAAGCCAAGCUAGAGCUCUGCGAUGUUCACAAUGAUGGGGUCAGACGUUUAGAAAAUAUGUACACUUUCUCUAACACUAAAUAUAUAAAUAUGUCUUUUACAGUUAUACUAUAGUUAGAAAAAGUACAAGUCAUUUCAAGUCUUAUGCAUACAGUUUUGUGGAAUAGGAAAUGUAUCAUAUUUGUACUGUGUAUUUGAGCUUGUGCCCUCAACUGACUACACCUAACUAUUUUUACCAGAAAGGUGAGAUUUGAACCUUUCUUGGAGUAUGCAGUGUUAUUGUGUAUGGCCCUCUCAUGAUAAAUCAUUACUUUUGGGGAUUACGUAGAAUACAUUUUCAGCUGCAUUUAAGAGGUUAAGUCUUUAGGAAUAGGACCUUGUCUCACGUUGCCCCCUAAUGGUUGAUCAGCCAUAAGCUGUGCACCAACGGUCCACAAAGACACAAGCUGUUUGUAGGUGAGAAGAACACGCCUGCAUCAUUAUAUGCAUUAAUCUUACACACAUCCAAUGACACCCAGAAUCCCUCUCUUUCUAUGCAUCAGUAAAAACAUCUGUUGUGUGAUCAUUUAUGAAAGGUCAUGCACAUACAAAUUAUGUACUGUACAGUACCUUCAGGAACUAAAAAUUUGAGGGAGUGUACAAUUGGCAUGCGGACUGCAGGAAUGUGCCAUUCAUCUGCAGCCAUCACCUCAUGCCUCAGCAUGAUAAUGCACAGCCCCAUGUCUCAAGGAUCUGUACACAAUUCCUGAAAGCUGAAAAUGUCCUAGUUCUUCCAUGGCCUGCAUACUCAUCAGACAUAUCACCAAUUGAGCAUGUUUGG